AUGCGUCAUUCCAAGGAUGGUCAUACCAGCUUGCGGGACAGGCUCAAGCUGCAGUUCCAGGAAAAGGAGAUUGGGGGCUUCCAAGCGCGUCUGGCUAGCUACAAAUCCACGCUUGCCAUCGCUCUUGAUUUCUGUACCCUCAAAACCGCUUCGGAUAACCUUGAUGCAACAAAAGAUCUUGAAGCGAAGAUCGAGGCAACCACUGCCCUCCUCACAGGGCAAAUGCAAGGCCUCCAGAUCGGCAUGCAAGCCAUUCUUGAUGGAAGCUCCGUGGUCGAAGAGCCCGACGAUGCCGGUCCUCGGAGCCGGCUCACGAAGACCCAGCAGUCCGAGGUUCUGCAGGCCAUUGAGCGGCAAACGGUUGCACUCAGCCACUGCUAUCGGGCUUGCAUGGCAGCAUUCAAAGAGACAACGAAGGCGACAGGCCACGAGUAUAAGUUUGUGAAAGCGUCCAAAGAAGCGAGGCUACUCAUGGGCGACCUAGGCAGUGUGGCGGGGGGUGCGCUACAUAAGUACAGCAACAUCGAGGUUGAUGGAGGGCAUGUCGUGGCUGGGAACAUGGAGGGCCAAUUUGCGAAGGAUUUCUUCAAGUGA